AAUUAUGCUUGCUUGCAGGUGGGCAUGUACUGUUCUUUUCGAUGAUCUUAAAGACAGGGAAAGAGAAAGAGUAAAAACACCGUGAUUCUUAUCAAGCAACACGUCGCACACACAAACACACCCACAACUCCGGAAUCCUACAGAGUCAGAGCUAUCACAUAUCAUCAUGACUGAGUCUGCUGAGGCUGUGGCUGCCAAUGUGAGCAGCAGGAGAAAUGCCACCAUAGAGAUCACCAACCUGACGAACAACUACUGCCUCUUCAACCCAAAAGUUUAUCUGGAGAGUGGUGAAACCUUAAACCCACCUCAGCCCACUAUACGACCACUUAAGACUGAAGUCUGCACCUUCUCAAAGUCCAGUGCCCAGGCCACUGGCAGUGUGGGGGUCAUGACAUAUGACCUCUUUGAGCGAAGCAGAAAUGACUUCAUUGAGACCUUGGCCAUAAUGUUCUCGGUACCCUGGGACUACAACCUGUACAAAAAUUGGUUUGCAGUGGGCAUCUACCCUAAAGGGAAGGAGUGUGAUCAGGCUCUUUAUAAAGAAAUGUACUAUCAGAAGAACCAGCAUGGCUUUGUGAGGGAGGAGGCUAAUGGGUCAGGCAUUAACUAUGAGGGCAACUACCUGAACAUCAGGGCCACCAUGUGUCCUUUAGGCAAGGCCAUGAUAAAGCUGGAGGUGUGGGACAAGUUGUUUUCUCCUUUGACUCAGCAGACUUGCUGAGAAGAUAAACCAGUCUUUCAUAUACAAUAACUGAAUCAGAUCAUGCAGUCCUUUAUCACAGAUUGUGCUUCUUAUAUGUCAGUUAUCAUCAAUAUUUACAGUUACUCUUGUCAUUCUAAAAACAAACAAAAAAAAACUUCUCCCUUGACUUUCUAGCUACUAGCUUUGCAGACUGCCAGUGUGCAUGUUCAUUCUGAACUAUGUAGAAAGAGAUUGUUUAAACUAGAGUAGCAUAAACAGUAUAUAUUUUCCGGAUCUGUAAUGCCCCACACUUUAAACUGUUUGCUCUCUCUGUCAGUAGAAUGCUUUAGAUGUGUGUUUACACUUUUCAUAUGAUUUCUGGAGGCUAAAUUCUCUCUUACAUUAGCCAGCCAUUGUUGGGUUGUUAUUCUGUGGCACCAACUUCCGGGUGAUUUUUUUACACCCUCAUCAGGACAGAGAUCUCACUGAACAAUACACAUUGUCUGUACCUACUGCCACUGAAGAGCUUUUUUCAAAUAAAUAUUUAUUCUGCAAUUUCAUCUUAA